GAGAAAGACACACACAAAUAUGUACAGCGCGAAAGAAUGAGUAGAAGGCGGAGUAUAUUUUCUAAUACGUUUAGUUUGGUUGAAGUUAACUUAAUCCAAUUACAAAAGAAUGCGUAUUACACUAGAAGUUUCCGGCAAACAGGGAAAAGCGGUUGAUUUGUUUCUUGUAUUAAGCAGAAAGAGAAAGAAAGCCGAGAGUUAAGACGGCUGACUAUCAAUAUAUAUAUAGCAACUUCACAGAUAUAUAUAUGUAUAUGUAAAUAUAUAUACAAGGUCUCCCAGAUGUUUUAUCCUCGUUAGUGAAAGAGUGAGAAAGAGGGAGAGAGGGAGAGAGAGAGAGAGAGAGAGAGACGGAAAGAGAGAUUUUACUGUAUGUGUAAAUCGGACAUGUGGACUACAAGUAAAUUGACGUUAUUCAUCCUAAUUGGAGCUGCUCUAUUCUUCAGUGCCAGUACUAUGCGGUAUCGGACAUGUGCAGAAGGUUGCUGUCCCCACGAAUAUUGUGCCUACCACCGAAUAUGCUACCCGAAAAUACAUUGCCAUUUCGGCUGUCCAGAUGGAAGCUGCCAGCACGGUGUCUGCUUGCCAGAUCCACCGUGUCACAAGAGGGCCUGUGGUAUGGGUAACAGUUGCUCAAUGAAUUUCAAUCUCGGCUACAACACAUGUCAAUACAACCUGGACAUUGGUAGCACAUUAUGUGUUGAUCGGUAUGGCCACGCGGUAACAAGCGCUCCUUGACAAUAAAGUUGGUUUUCGUUCAUACAUCACAUUCAUUUAGGGAUAUCGUUUGAUGAACAUUUUCAACAUAUCAUACACCGUGUACUUACGCUUACAUAUAAAUACUCACAUAUACUCACAUACUAAUAUAUAUAUACAUA